AUGGCGAACCUGGAAGAAAUAUGGAAAAGGAAGAGAGAUGAAGAAAAGGAGGAAGAAGUAGAGAAGGGGCAAGGGGGAGGGGGUAACAGGGAAACAGACAAAUGGAUGUUUAAAGAAAGCAUGCUGAUAGGGAGGUCACCGGAAAAGAAAAAGGAAAGAAAGGAAGAAGGGGGAGGGAUGGGAGAAGUAAAAGAGCUAAUAAGAGAAAUGAACAAAAACCUAGGAGGAAAAAUGGAGAGGAUGGACACAAAUAUGAAGCUGCUAGGGAAGGAUAUAAGAAGAGAGAUGGAACAAUUAAGAGAGGAAAUGAGAAGAAGAGAAGAGGAAUGGAUAGAGCAGAAAAGAGACCUGGAGGGGAAGAUGGAAAAGAUGAUGAAGAAAAUGGAGGAGAUAGAAAGAAGGGAAGGGGAGGACGAGAGAUGGAAAGAGAUAGAAGAAAGAAUGCUAAAGGCAACGCAAGAUGCAGCAGGAAGAACAAAAACGAAAAGGGAGGAGAUGAAAGAAAAAGCAGAAGAGAUCUUAAAGGUCACGGGGGUAGAGGGCGCAAUAGAGGAGGUAAAAGCGGUGGGACCAGUAGAGAAGGGAAAGGAAUUAUACAUGAUGCAAGUAAAAGUAAAGACUGUCGAGCUGAAGAGGAAAAUAAUGGAGAACAAAAGGGCGCUAAAGGGAAGAGAAGAGAGAAUAGAAGAUGACCUAACUUGGGAGGAAAGGAGAACACAGUGGACAUUAAGAAGAAUCGCAAGAGGAGAAAGAGAGAAAGGAAAAAACGUAUGGGUAGACUCCAAGAAAAUAAGAAUAGAAGGGAAAUGGUGGAAAUGGGACGACGACAAGGGUGUACUAAUGGACGGGGAGGGGAACGAAUGGAAACCCACCCAGGAAGGGGAGCAGAAGAAGGGGGAAGAGGGGAAAGGGACAUAG